AUGGAUGGAUACUCCAGCAAUGUGCCAGCUUUCCUAACCAAACUCUGGACGCUGGUGGAAGAUCCCGAAACGAACCAUCUCAUCUGCUGGAGUAGUAAUGGCACCAGCUUCCAUGUGUUUGACCAAGGACGCUUUGCCAAAGAGGUGCUGCCCAAGUAUUUCAAACACAACAACAUGGCCAGUUUCGUCCGGCAGCUGAACAUGUACGGCUUCAGGAAGGUGGUGAACAUCGAGCAGGGGGGUCUCGUCAAGCCCGAGCGAGACGACACCGAGUUCCAGCACCUCUGCUUCCUGCAGGGCCACGAGCACCUCCUGGAGCACAUCAAGAGGAAGGUGUCAGUAGUGAAAAGUGAGGAGACCAAGAUGCGCCAGGAGGACCUCAGCAGGUUGCUAUAUGAGGUACAGAUACUGAGGAGUCAGCAGGAGAACAUGGAGUGUCAAGUGCAGGACAUGAAACAGCAAAAUGAAGUUCUUUGGCGGGAAGUCGUUUCCCUCCGGCAGAACCACUCACAGCAACAGAAAGUGAUCAACAAGCUGAUUCAGUUUCUGUUUGGCCAGCUCCAAUCGAGCCCCAGCAGCACUGGGAUAAAGAGGAAGCUACCGCUGAUGCUUGACAACGGGAUCACGGCUCCACAAGUGUCCAAGGUCAGCCGGCAUUUGUCUACGGACCCCCUCCAUGACCCCUAUUUCAUACAGUCGCCAUCGACAGAACCUGCCUCUUGCUUAAACAGCCCUGCAAUUGCUGGAGGACCCAUCAUAUCUGAUAUUACUGAAGCAUCACCUUCCAACAUAAUAAAUAUGCAAUCCCCUCCGGAAAAUGACAGAGAGAAGUGCCUCAUGCUGAUCAAGGAAGAGCCGGUCAGCCCUGGAGUGAAAGCCCCCGCUGAACCUGAUGUCCCCCUGCCAGGCUGCCGGGCUUGCUCUGAGCCCCCUGUGCUCCCGGUUGCCAUGGUUCAGUCUGUUUUGGAAGGCAAAGGGAGUUGUGGUGCAGCCCCACCGGGGACCUCGCAACCAUCCGAGAGAAGAGGCAGAAGGGCGUUGCUGGACAGAACAGAUAUUUCAGACCCGUUGGAGGGCACGGACUGGAGCUUGGAAGGGCUGCAGCUGCUGCUGCGGAGCCAGCAGUACGGGCUGGAGCCCGCCAGCCUCCUGGAUGUCUUUAAUCCCAAUUUAUCUUUGAACGAGUGGAAUUUGACUGAAAUGGAAGCCAGUCUGUCCCCGAUGCAGCGACUCACAGUGGACCUGGAGAAGAACGCAACUGAGGUGUCCUCAAAAGGGUUCAACCCCCCGUUUAACAACGCCUGCCCAGGGAAAGAUGUCAUUCUGGAAAGCGCCCAGCAGUUCCUUGUCGAUCGUCAGUCCAUCUUUGGCAACGACCUCAUCAGCUUGCCUGAAAGUUCAUCGCUUUAUGUUCCAUCUGAAAAUAUGGCUUCCUACCUGUCCUCUGUGGGUGUCCAAGGGGAUAUCCCGUUAAACCUGAGCUCUUCAACUGACAACAACCAGUGAUUCAGCUUCCAAGAAACGACGUCUCUCUCCCACCCAUCCAAGCAUCCGCAGGUUUGAAUGUAAAGAAACAAACGUGACUCAGAAACCCCCAAGAGAGUUUCUUUUUGUGCCCUUUCUUUUUGAGUAGAUGGAAAUGGUCAGUAGCUGUUGCAUGACCCUCCCAGCACCUGGAUUUCGGUGUUUGUCCAGGAUAACAAUUUUAAAACAGAAUGCUGCUCCUAUGGGGAGUGAGAACUUGGCAGGAUGGCUUUUUUUUCUUGAAAAUGCUGUUAGAAAUUUCAAAUCUUCUAGUAAAAUUUAAGAGAAGAGUAGCUUGAAAGUACAUCAGGGACUUCAUAAAAUAAAGUGGUCCUGGCUAGUGUCUGCGAUGUCAAACUGUUGGAUUUUAAUGAGGGCAGCACAGAUUAGCUGAGAUGCCUGACCCUUCUGGAUGCUGUUUGUUAAAUAGGAAAAUAGUUCUUUAUGCUAGUCCAAUGCUCUAAAAAUAUUCUAUUAUCCAUUUUCUGGUGUUGUUGGGAUGUACUUGUGCCUCUCCCUUAUCCUCCUGGGGUGAGCAGGAAAAUGAAGAUCCCUCAGAGUGUGCAGAAGAUUGUUCUCAGAGUGACGGCUCUCAGAACGUGUCUCUGGCUCCUAGGGGAGCUGCAGACCAUCACAGACCCCAAA